GAACAGUCAAUGGAACUGUACGUUAGGUUAGUUAAUGUCGUUUGUUAUUAUUAUUUAUAAUUUUGUUAAAUACUAAAAGAACGUGUUUGUUAUAUAAGGAAAAAAGUAGAAUCUUUUUAACAUUUCAUUAAGUUUUGUAUAAAUUAUAUGAAUAUAAACGAACGAAGGUUAUGAUAAAGUAAGAAAAUUUCAACAUGAUUUCAUAAUAAAGUGUGUUGACAAAGAGAAAAAUAUAUAUUGAUAUUGAGUCAUCUGUAAAUAUUAUAAGCUUGUAUGAUUCAUAAUAAUGAGAGUUUUGGAAUUAUAUAGUGGUAUUGGUGGAAUGCAUUAUGCUCUUCAAGAAAGUGGUAUUAACGGAGAUGUUGUUGCAGCAGUUGAUAUAAAUACUGUUGCAAACAGUAUAUACAGAUAUAAUUUUCCAAAUGUAUUACUUAUGAAUUGUAAUAUUCAAUCACUUUCUGCAAAACUGAUAAAUGACUUAAAUAUAGAUACUAUAUUAAUGAGUCCUCCAUGUCAACCUUACACAAGAGUUGGACUUCAGAGAGAUAUAUCGGAUAAUAGAUCAUCUUCGUUACUUCAUGUUCUUUCAUUGAUUCCACAAUUGAGAACAUUAAAGCAUAUAUUGCUUGAAAAUGUAAAAGGAUUUGAAAAGUCUGAAAUGAGAAAUGCAGUAUUAAAAUGUAUGAAUAUGUCUGGAUUCAAUUAUAAGGAACUAAUUCUAAGUCCUUGUCAAUUUGGUAUUCCAAAUACCAGAUAUAGAUAUUAUUUAUUGGCUAAAAGGAAGGAUUCUGAAUUUUGCUUUGAUCACUGUAUAUUAAAUUUUAAUCUACCAGAAGCUGUUUUAAAGGCCUUACCAAGAAGUAAACAUAAUUUAUUAUUAGAAGGUGCUAAAACAGAUAAGAAGUGCUACAAAUUAGAAAAUAUUUUAGAAAAUGUUGAAAAGUCACAGUAUUUAAUUCCUAGAAAGUUGUUACAAAAGAGAGCUUGGUUGUUUGAUAUAAGAACAUCUCAAAGCGAUGGUUCUUGUUGUUUUACAAAAGCUUAUAGUCAUUAUGCAGAAGGAACAGGUUCUGUAUAUUCUCCAUAUACCGAAGAAACAAUCCAACAGAUAUUUUUAGAAGCAAAUAAGUAUGGCAAGCAAUCAUUAGAAGCAUCAGAAGUUUUACAAAAAUUAAUGUUAAGAUAUUUUACACCCAAAGAAGUGUCUAGAUUAAUGUGUUUUCCUGAAGAAUUUAAAUUUCCAGAACAUAUAACAUGUAAACAAAGAUACAGACUUUUGGGAAAUUCAAUUAAUGUAUAUGUAGUUAGUAGAUUAAUAUUUUUAUUAUAUACUGAGAAAAAAAUUACAUGACAUUCACAGAAAUAUAUUUUAUAUAUAUUUUUAAUAAAAAAAAUGUUUUAUAUUCCAAAACGAAGUUACAAAUUUCUAACAGAAAAAAUACAAAGAAAUAAGUAUAAUAGGUAAAUGAAGUCUCUAUAAUAACAUAUUUAGUUUUUGACAUAAAUAUAGAUCAUUCAUGACCAUCUAAGUCCUAAGUGAUUACAAAUGUUAGCAUUUACAUAAUUUUUGUACUUUAGUCAUUUACAAUCAUUCAUAGUAGUAUAAUCAUUGUUAACCAAGUAUCAUUGCAAUCAUUGCUUUUGAUUAAUAUGAAGCUCACAUUUCUCUUAAUUCUUAAUACAUACUUAGAAGUGCUAGUAAUUCAGUUUUUUGCAUUGUGUAAUUUUGGUACAGAAUCGUUCAAUACCCAGUAAUGUUAUUGCUUUUAUGCUCAAUAGAAAACUCUAGUAUGUUUAAAAUAUUUUAUAUAG